AUGUCUGAGCGUAAAGUCCUUCAGAAGUACUACCCCCCGGAUUUCGAUCCCAAUGAUAUCAGUCGCCGCCGAGGACCCAAGCCCACCGGGCCAAGAAUCCAAACCGUCCGACUCAUGGCUCCCUUUUCCAUGAAAUGCUUGAGCUGUGGCGAAUACAUAUACAAGGGGCGAAAAUUCAAUUCUCGAAAGGAAAUUAGACCAGAUGAGAAAUAUCUCGGCAUUCAGAUCCUCUUCUUCCACAUCAAGUGCACAAGAUGCAGCGCCGAGAUUACCUUUCGCACGGACCCACGAAAUACAGACUACGCGAUGGUCAAAGGCGCCAUGAGAUCAUUUGAACCCUGGAGGAAUCGAGAACUAGCUGAAGAGUCGGUAGAGGAAAGACUGGACAGGCUAGAGCGAGAGGAAGCUGAAGCUGCGGGCGAGGAAGAGAAGAAUGCAAUGGAAGAUCUCGAAGCAAAGAAUGCCGAUGCCCGACGCGAAAUGGCCGCGGCUGAUGCCCUUGACGAAAUACGACAACGAAAUGCGAGGAUACAUCGAUCAGAAAAGGAAGGGACGGAUUACGCAGACACCAUUAUUCGUGCUGAGGACGAAGAGCGGGAACGACAAGACAGAGAAGAUGAAGAAGCGGCCAAGAGAGCGUUUGCAGCGGCGGCAGCGGCGGCAGCCCGACUGGGCAACUCUGCUCCAGAUGGUCCUGGCGACUUGGAAGAAACAACCAGCACAGCAACAUCACCCAUGCCACCCCCACCGCCGCCGCCAACUUUCAAGAGGGUGGUGAAGAAAAAGAAGGAUCAUUCUGCGUUGCUUGGCAUAAAAAAGAAGCCUUCUUUGGUGUAA